GCUUUUAAAGAAGCAAUUUUUUCAUCGAGCUCUAAAGGUAAUGAAAAUGAAAUAUGAAAAAGACAUCAAGAAAGAUAAAGAUAAAGGAAAAGCCGAAAGUGGAAAAGAAGAAGAUAAAAAGAGCAAGAAAGAAAAUAUGAAGGAAGAAAAGACAAAAAAAGAAAAAGAGAAAAAAAAAGAUGGUGAAAAGGAAGAAUCCAAAAAGGAGGAAACUCCAGGAACUCCCAAAAAGAAAGAAACUAAGAAAAAAUUCAAACUUGAACCACAUGAUGAUCAAGUUUUUCUGGAUGGAAAUGAGGUUUAUGUGUGGAUCUAUGACCCAGUUCACAUUAAAACAUUUGUCAUGGGAUUAAUUCUUGUGAUUGCAGUAAUAGCAGCCACCCUGUUCCCUCUGUGGCCAGCAGAAAUGAGAGUAGGUGUUUAUUACCUCAGUGUGGGCGCAGGCUGUUUUGUAGCCAGCAUUCUUCUUCUUGCUGUUGCUCGUUGUAUUCUGUUCCUCAUCAUUUGGCUCAUAACUGGAGGAAGGCACCACUUCUGGUUCUUGCCAAAUCUGACUGCAGACGUGGGCUUCAUUGACUCCUUCAGGCCUCUGUACACUCAUGAAUACAAAGGACCAAAAGCAGACUUAAAGAAAGAUGAGAAAUCUGAAACCAAAAAGCAUCAGAAGUCCGACAGUGAGGAAAAGUCAGACAGUGAGAAAAAGGAAGAUGAGGAGGGAAAAGUAGGACCAGGAAAUCAUGGAACAGAAGGCUCAGGUGGUGAACGACAUUCAGACACAGACAGUGACAGGAGGGAAGAUGACCGAUCCCAACACAGUAGUGGAAAUGGGAAUGAUUUUGAAAUGAUCACAAAAGAGGAACUAGAACAGCAAACAGAUGGGGAUUGUGAAGAGGAGGAGGAAGAAGACAAUGAUGGAGAAACACCUAAAUCUUCACAUGAAAAAUCAUAACCUGGCUAAUUUUGGGACUGAAUAAAUGCAAGAGGUUGGAUUUUCUAUGUUGGCUGAUCAUCAUAAUGUAUACAUGGCAUUUGUAGCAUCCUUUAAAUCCAUUUACUGAAGUGCAUUUGACAUGCAAGCAGUUAGAGUCAGUCGUUCAUUUUAUAGAAUAUUGGUACUAUUCUUGGUACAGUCUAAAGCCAUUAAUAAGUUUUAUCCGUUUGAUAAUUUUCUAGUAAGUAGGUCUCAUUCAUUUUGAUAGAUGUCAAAGAUGCAUUUUCCACAUGACAUUUAGAUUAAGGGCAUUUUUGAUAGUUAUACGGCUUUUUACUGUUAGACUAAUCAAAAUAACUUUAAAAAGAAAAAGAAACUCCCAGCAUUUGAGAUUAUGCAUAGGUAUGUAGCCAUUUCACAGUUUCUUUAGAAUGAAAUGCUUCAACUCAUUAUUCUCGAUAGUUAUGCCUUUGUUUUUCUUUAUAAAAUUAUACCAGGAAAUUUUAAGAUUAUGGGUUAGCAGUGAUCAAAAGCAUUUUGUGGAAACAAACCAACUAGUAGCAGUGCAGUAGCACUUUUAAUUUAGCUACAAAUUCUCCUUUUCCAACUUAGGAAAUCCAAACUGAAUUGUAUGUUUUAUUCUGAGAAAGAUGGUCAUCUCCAGCAGAGAGUAAACAGCAUUGAUUGAAAGGUGAUGGCUCUUCUUCUUUUUCCCAUCUCCUUACCGUAACGUAAAGUGUAUUCUGUACAUAAUUUACAAAUAAAAUAAACAUUUUAUUUUAAUUGUUACUUAUUAUUUAGACAUUUCUCAACACUUAAAUUUGUACAAUUAAGACCAUGUAAGGGUAUGUUUUUUAGAGAAAUGGAAGUUUCAGUAAUCCACAGAAGAUCUGUGAUCUUUCUACAGCAGCUUCAGUUUUGUGCCAACAUUCCAUGUAUUUGAAUAUGAGUAAAAACUGAUCCUUAUUAAAUAGGAGCAGACUUUAAAGUAGCUAUUUGUACGCCUUAAUGUUCAUUUUGAUUUAUUUUAAAUCUUCACAUUCAGAAAUGGGGUCCUGUAUUAUCACACCAGGAAGUACUGCUGUGAAAGACAAUUUACUGUUCUAAAAUAAAUUUAAAAUAAAGGCUAUAAAAGAAAA